AGAUCAUGUGCGAUUGGGUGGAAUGACAUGUCAGCGGACAUGCUGAAUGAAUCAGGGUGCCCAAAUAUGUGGGCUAAGGCGUCACGCCGAAUCAGGUGGCUGCUUUAACAUAUGAGUACCUAAGAAAUUGAGACACCUAUGCUGAACACAUCUGAUAUAUGACCACAAUGUAUCAUGCCGGAGAACCUGAAAACGGCAUUGCAUCUUGUACGAGACGCUUUCUAGUUGAUGGCGUAAAGAUUUGAAUGUGAGUGUCUAAGACCAUGACCACACGUGUGCUAGAGACAUCUGUGGAACGGCCUACAGCUAGUGCCAGGGUUGUGCAAGAUAAUAAGACGAGUUCACGCCGGGUUGGCUUGAUGAAGGCCGUGAUCAACCCGUUCCAGUGUUUGGAAACGAUCAAGCGUUUUAGAUCGCCAGAAGAAUUACGGGCAGAACUGAGUGCAUUCGUAUCACUACAUAGUAGCAAAAGCAAUCAAGAGCUGAGAGAAUGGGCCGAGGAUAACAAGCCUGAUAUCUUCAUAAUACUUGUUGUAUCGAUCAAUUCUCUGGACGUUGAAGUGGAGUUGGUAGCUUGUGAAGCGAUCAAAGCACUGUUCUCUUUCGACCCCGAGGAAUCGACAAGCUUCACAGAGGAGGAUUUAGAGUCACAAUCAAUACAAUCAUUAAAUUGCACAGAACCAGGGCAUUGAUCAAGAUUCUGACAGCACCGGCUGCGAUUGAUAACGGCUGAAAUUCACGCCAGGUUGGCCCCUUGUACUCCUGAUUAGUUGAGAAAUUCUCCCAAGGCGCAUUACUCUUUGUUGCAAGUAAUUGCGAAACAGGUGCACCUUCGCCCACUGACUCCCUACGCCAUUGCGAUCCUUGUUCUGAGACUAACAUUAUAAGUCCUCGGUAUUGAUUAGUACUGAAUUAUAUUCAGUCAUAAAAGGACCCUGGAUCUCUCAAUAAAAUGCGGG